AUGACAGUACAGGUGAUUAUGGAUACUGAAUGCAGCAUUACAUUACAGUUAUCAAUCUGGAAGACGAAAGGAACUGAUCGUUUACACUUGUUUUUUGUGCAAAGUGUGACGCAGUUGAAAGAAUUGAAUUGUGGGAUUCGAUGUAUCUCUUGGAGAGAUAUGAUACUCCUUUCUUGUGGGGGUGAUUUCAAUGCUGGGUUUGUGAAAGGAAGAAGCAUAGUUGAGAACAUUUUGUUAACUCAAGAGAUUAUUACUGAUAUUCGGUUGAGAACUAAGGCUGGUCCUAAUGUUGUGAUAAAGUUAUACAUGACAAAAGCCUAUGAUAGAAUAUCUUGGCUUUUCUUAACUAAAGUGUUGAAGAAAAUGGGUUUUAAUGAGAGAUUCAUAGGCUUGGUGUAUGGUAUUGUGUCUAACAAUUGGUAUUCUGUGUUGCUCAGUGGUCAGCCGCAUGGUUUCUUUAAAUCAAGUAGGGGCGUCAAGCAAGGAGAUCCUUUGUCUCCUACUCUCUUUAUUCUAGCAGCUGAAGCUCUUUCUAGGGGAUUGAAUUCAUUACAUAGGAACUUCUAUUUUUGUGGAUGUGAUGCUACAUCUUUACAAUUGAUUAUGGAGGUUUUUGGUGCAUACGAGAUGGCUUCUGGGCAGCUUAUAAAUAAGUCCAAGUCUGCCAUUUAUCUUCACCAUUCUGUUGGUGAUGAAGUGAUUGAUAAAGUGCAAAGAAUCACAGGAAUUGGCAAGCAAGAAUUUCCAUUCACAUAUUUAGGAUAUCCAAUAUCUUAUACUAGGAGGAAGAUGGAUCAUUAUCAGGGAGUAAUCAAUAAAGUGCUGGACAAAUUACAAUCAUGGAAGGGGAAAUUAUUAUCAAUAGGAGGAGUUGCAGUUUUGAUAUCACAUGUGUUGCAAAGUAUGCCUAUUCAUUUACUUUCAUCAGUAAAUCCUCCUGGUUAUGUGAUCAAUAAGCUACAUAAGCUCUUUGCUAGAUUCUUUUGGAGUAAUUCAGUGGAUGGGAGAAAUUUUUGUUAUGAUGAAUCUAUUCACAAUGUAUAUGAUGUGGCUUCUAAUGGUGCAUGGGAUGUUGCAAAAAUCCAUCAAAUUCUGCCGCAAGAUAUUGCUUCUCAUAUCAUUGAUAAUAUUGGACCUCUACUAGUUCAAAAUGUCCUUGAUAAACCAAAUUGGAUGCUCGAAACAAGGGGGAAUUUUCUGUUAAAUCAGCAUGGGAUUUUUAAAGGAAAUGGAAAGAUCCCUAUUUCUACAACACUUCAAUCACUGGUGAAGGUAAGGGAACCUAGUCUCCUUAAGGUACCUCACAACUGGUCGGAAUUGAUACAUGUGAUGGAGAACUAUACACCUGCUUUGAAGACUACAAAAGUAAUCUGGAAAUAUCCUGAGCCGGGAUGGAUUAAGGUGAAUACAGACGGGGCUUCAAGGGGUAAUCCUGGGAGGAGUUCAUAUGGUUUUGUGUUGAGGAAUGAAGAAGGUGAGGUGAUGUAUGCAUGUGGGAAAGAAAUAGAUGAAGGAACAAAUAAUGAGGCUGAAGCUAGAGCAAUACUGGAGGCAUUAAGAUAUUGUUUGAAUCAUGACUAUGUGCUUAUAGAGUGGCAUACUGACCCGAUGGUGAUGACAAAUGUUUUUCAAGGAACAUGGACUUGCCCAUGGAAUAUGGAGAUAUAUGUCGAGGAGAUCAAGGAGAUGAUGACUAAAGGCAAUAUACAGAUUUCUCACACGCUUAGGGAGGGUAAUCAACUGGCUGAUCACUUAGCAAACUUUGCUUUGGAAUUUGGCCCUAUAGUAUGUCGUGAAUUCUGUGAUUUGGAUGUAUUGGGGAGAAAGAUCGUGAACAAUGACAAGUUACAAUGGCCAUAUCUGAGAAUCAAAGCCAAAAGGAGAUAA